AUGAGACAAGCAGAUUUUGUACCAACAAAAUUAUUAGAAGACGCAAUUUUUAAAAGGUGGACUUCGGUUCCUUCAAAUUUUAUAACGAAUCUGGUUGUUAAUUUUGAAAGUGGCCUAACUCCAUUCUUGGAACUUAUCAAAAAAGAGAUGAAUGAAAAAUGGAUGAGUUUAGCGCCAUUAUUUGUAACGCUCUGUCUUUCGAGUGUUUUUAAAUUAAAUUAUGCGAUUUUCUUAUCAAAAUCCACAUUACAUCAAACAAUUUCGAAGAGUCGGGAUGAUAUUGAAAAAGAGGAAAAUCAAGAGAAAGAAUUUCAUCGUGAUAAUCGUCAAAAACCGAAUAUCAUUAUGAUUAUUGCCGAUGACAUGGGUUGGAACGACGUUGGCUUUCAUGGAUCUGAUCAAAUCCCAACACCGAAUAUCGAUGCUCUUGCAUACAAUGGUGUUAUCCUAAACAGUCAUUAUGUAUUACCUCUUUGUACACCCAGUAGAGUGGCAUUAAUGACAGGAAAAUAUCCGAUUCGACUUGGCAUGCAACAUUCAGUUUUAUUAGCUGGUGAACCACGAGGACUUCCUUUGAACGAAAAAUUACUUCCCCAGUACUUAAAAGAAGCUGACUACGUAACACAUGCCGUUGGUAAAUGGCACUUAGGAUUUUAUAAAAAAGUCUACACUCCUACCUAUCGCGGUUUCGAUACAUUCUUUGGAUAUUAUACUGGCUUUCAAGACUAUUACACCCAUCUUGCCUCUGAUUUGGAUGAUAAAUUAGGCUUUGAUAUGCGACGAAAUCUUUCGGUAGCUUGGGAUACAUUAAAUAAAUAUUCAACUGAUCUAUUUACGGAGGAAUCGGUGAGACUUAUUAAUUCUCAUAAUACCAAAAAUCCAAUGUUUCUUUAUCUCUCACAUUUGGCACCGCACAAUGGAGGUUUUAAAAAUUCUAUACAAGCACCCGACGAAGAAAUAGCCAAAUUUGGAUAUAUCCAUGAUCCAGAAAGAAGAACUUACGCGGCGAUGGUUUCGAAAUUGGAUGAAAGCGUAGGCAAGGUGAUUGCAGCUUUGAGAAAACGUGGAAUGUUAGAAAAUAGUAUAAUAUUAUUUAUUAGUGAUAAUGGAGCACCAACGAUAAAUGUUUUUAGUAAUCAUGGCAGUAAUUAUCCCCUUAGAGGUAUAAAAGAAACCCCUUGGGAAGGUGCUGUACGAGGAGUCGCAGCUAUUUGGAGUCCAUUCAUAAAUAAAUCAAAGAGAGUCUCAAAUCAAUUAAUGACUAUUGUCGAUUGGCUACCAACGUUACUUUCUGCGGCAGGAUUAAACAAAAGCAAAUUAAAUAAAAUAGACGGCAAGGAUUUAUGGGAAAAUAUAGUAGAAAAUCGUAAUAGUCCUCGAACUGAAAUACUCAUUAAUAUCGAUGAUAUUAGCGAUUAUGCAGCCAUUCGUUAUAAAAAUUUUAAAUAUAUUACGGGUAAUGUUGGUGUUGAUGACUGGUUAGGAGAAAGUGGCAAGCCGAGCGAAGAAUUUGGUUUUCCACCAGCAUACAAUCCUAAUCAAAUACUGCAAAGCAAAGCGGGUAUCGCUCUUGCUGGUGUAAUGACUACUCGGGAAAUAAUCGAAUCGAGAAGAAAAAGAAGAAACGUUAGCGUUGCAAACGAUACUAAGAAAGAAUUUCAAAAGAAAAUAUUAACUGCGGAUCAAUUACUUGAUUUACGAAAGAAAGCAGAACUCAAAUGUAAUGUUAAAAAAGAAGAUAUAAUUAAAUGUGAUACUCUACGAGCACCUUGCCUAUUCAACAUCGUUAACGAUCCAUGUGAAAUGAUUAAUUUAGCUGAAUCAAAACCACAAAUUCUUGCCCUAUUAGAAUUAGCUAUACUGAAGCACAGAUUUACUGUAGUACAACCAAGUAAUCAAAAAAAAGAUAUUUUGGGGAAUCCGUUACUAUACAACAAUACUUGGAUCAGUUGGGGCGAGAUUGAAAAUACAAGCAAAAACAUGGCAUAUUUACAGAAACAAGAUUCUAAUGAAUAUUCUAGUCUAUUAAUAACAAUGAUUUUUAUGAUCUUUGUUCUUUUUAUCUUAGGUAUAAUAAAUCUUUUGGUAUUAUUAUCUGAAAAGUUAUGCAAAAAAAAAGAGACAAAGAAUAGAAAAGACUCGAAGAAUAAAGAUUGUAGUACUACAGUAAAAAUUGCAAAUGAAAUUGAAAAUAAUAUAAGAAAUAGUGAGGACGAAGAGAAUACUGAUCUCAUUAAUCCAACUAUAAUAAAAGAUAGUAAUAUUAUAAAAUGA